AAUUACAAACACUCUGUUACAAUUUAGAGACCCCAUCAGAAGAAAAAAAAAAGACUGAAAAUGGCAAAACUGGAAGAUGUAUCAAGAAUGCUAGUUUUGUUGAUAACAAUACUGCCACUGGCUGCUCAAGGAUCCAGACUGUACAGCUGGGCUAAUCGGCUCGAGGAAACAGAGAAGGAGAAGGUAACAAACCUUCAGUUCUAUUUCCAUGACACCUUGAGCGGCAAGAAUCCGACCGCCGUGAAGGUGGCUCAGGGAACCGACACCGAAAAAUCCCCAACACUGUUCGGUGCUGUUUUUAUGGUCGACGACGCUCUCACCGAGACAGCUGAUCCCAAAUCCAAACUCGUUGGCCGGGCGCAAGGCCUUUACGGUUCUUCAUGUAAAGAAGAGGUAGGUCNUUAG